AUGGUUAGAAUAAUUAAAGAAAUUUGGACAUUCUUAAAAAAUGUUGUUGUAUUUGGAUGUGAGUUUGUUAUUCCAGCGUCUCUUCCUUUCUUCUUUCCUUUUCUAUUUUUAUAUCCCGGAAUUUGUGAACUUUCAUAUGUGAUAUACCCUUAUCUCAGCACCUUUUACGUAAUUGUUUUUCUCCCUCUUGGAAAUUCAUUUUUAAAAUUACGAGAAAUGUCCUUGAUUCAUAAACGAAUAAUAAGAUUAUAUCCAAUUUUUUGUGUAUUUUUUGUUUUAAUAAUCUUAGCUAUGUUUGCUGGUUUAUAUUUUGGUUUACCAUUUUUAUAUUCUUACGUUCCUUAUUCAAUGGUUUUAUUAACAAGGAGUAAUUCGGUUUUCGUAAUACAUUGGUUGAUAAGAAUUGCAUGGUACCUUUUUCUUUAUAAUGUUCCUAAUGGAAAUAUCUUUCCAUCUGCAAUUUGUUCAGAUAUGGCAUUCCUGUGCCCAAAAUGUACGAAAAAAAGAAACUAUCCAACUUGGUGUCAAGAUUGUGCUAGUCAACAUUUUUUGUCAAAUUAUGAACAUUGGACUAGUGGAGAUCAGAUAGUAGAUCAAGUUAUAAAAUAUACACAAGAGAAUUCCAAAAGUCCUAUUGAUUUUGUGGAAUGGAUUCCGUACGAACAAUUAGAAAAAAGGGAAAGUAUUGGUCAAGAUAAAUAUGGAAGUGUUUAUAGUGCUUUUUUGAAAAGCGGACCAAUUUUGAUGUAUAAUAAUAAGUUUAAAAAAACGAAAGGAAUUCAAAUUGCACUAAGAAGAUUAAAAGACGACACGUUUAAUGAGAGCUUGAGAGGGGUAAUUAUUAUGCUUAUUUUAGUUAACGAAUUGUUAUUGUAUUCAUAUAUUAAUAAUAAUGAAUUUAGAGAAUGUGAAAAUAUCUCCUCAAUAUCACAAAAUUUACAAGAAAUUACACAAGAAAUUGAACUUGUAAUUAAACGAGAUACAAUUAAACGAAAUAGACCCAAACUUCUUCCGCUAUCAAAGGACAUUGAGCAUUCAAGUGGCAAAAAUAGUUCACAUACUGCUAUAGGACCAAUCCAGAAUUAA